AUGGAUGCUGGAUUCAAUGGAACAUUUAUAACUCUUAGUGGCUUUGUAGAUUUGGACAAAUACAGAUAUCUGUACUUUAUCAUCUUGUUGACAUUAUAUAUUUUCAUCCUCUGUACUAAUUGUACCAUUAUGUGUCUGAUCUUGAUCCACAGGAACCUUCAUGAGCCUAUGUACAUUUUCAUUGCAGCUUUGUCACUCAACUCUGUUUUGUUUAGCACUGUUCUCUACCCCAAAAUCUUUAUUGAUGUCUUAUCUCAAAAACAGAUAAUUUCUCAUUCAGCUUGUAUGUUUCAAUAUUUUAUGUGUUAUUGUUUGGGUGCAUCAGACUUCUUGCUGUUGUUAGCCAUGUCUUAUGACAGGUAUGUGUCUAUCUGCAAACCUCUGCAGUAUCCAACUAUCAUGGGAAAAAGAACUGUCGCUGUCCUCUUGACUUUGGCCUGGUUUAUACCUGCAUGCCAUAUUGCUAUUUCAAUGGUAAUGAUUGCAAACCACAAGAUGUGUAACUCUACUUUGAGAAGUUUUUUUUGCAACAAUUCAAUUUACCAGCUUCACUGUGCAACAUCAAGAGUUCUUAGCGUGUGGGGUUUGGUUAUUUUAGUCAAUCUCGGUGUUAUCCCUGUCAUUUUCAUCCUUUUCACGUACAUAAAGAUCUUUGUAAUAACCUUCAUCCUAAACAGUUGUGUAGAAGUCAGGAAAAAAGCUACAGAGACAUGUUUACCUCAUCUGAUGGUUUUAAUCAGCUUUUUUCUUUUGUGUGCAUUUGAUAUAAUCACAGCUCGUCUGGAGUCAGAGCUGCAAACAGGUGUGCGUUCAAUAAUGACGUUGAUAGUAUUUGUGUAUAGUCCUCUGUUCAAUCCAAUCAUAUAUGGAAUUAAAAUGAAGGAAAUCUCUAAACACAUCAAGGGAUUUUGUCCGAUAAGUCAUCCAUCAGUCCUUAAAUGUUGA